AGUGCUCGCGAUCGGGUCCCGGGAGUGGGCUGGUGGCUGGUCAUGGACCUGGGGGACCCUCACUGCCGCCGGAGCGGAGAUGUGGCGUCAGCCCCACCGACUCCGGCCUCGGUGACCCUGGCAGAGCUUCUGCAGCUGGUCCAGAAGGGCCAGGAGCUCCCGGGCCUGGAGAAACGCCACAUCACUGUGACCCAUGGCGAGCCCACGGCGUCGCUGCUCCCGCGGAGGCCCAAGCCCUGGGAGGACGCGGGCUCCGGCAGCUCACCCCGCACCACCCCCCCAGACGCGCGGACACAGCCCCGCGUCGAGGAGCCGACCCGGGGCAGCCCAGCGAUUGCUGAGAUCCGGAGGGCGUGACCGGGUCCUGCACGAACUUGAGGGUCUGGACACUUGCCACCCUUACUCAUCUUUCUGCAUCUGCCCUGACCUGUCUCAACCGGACCCAGUCUUCUUAGGGGAUUCAACGUUGCCCAGUAAUUUUGGUUUUGGACUUUUAAUUUCAAAUCCAUAACGUGUUCCAGUUUAUCCAUGUAACU